AUGGUUUUGGCAAAAGUAGCAUUAGGAACAGCAGGAGCAGUUACACUUGGAUACUUAUUUGUUCCACCUUUUAAUAGAAAGCUAGAAAGAAAUGUUCUUAGACCAAUUAGGAAUUAUAGAAGACAUUUAUAAUAAGAAGAUUCAUUCAAGACAGAAGUAAAUUGCACUUAAAAUUUGUUAGGAAGAAUUUUAUCAAUUCUUAGGCAGUGUUGCUUUGGGCACUUUGAGAAUGUUUACAAUCGAAAGCGAUUGA